UUCUUUUCAUCGCCAUUCUACUCAUCUCUAUCCAUCCCCCUCAUCUCUUUCUCUUUCUCCCCUUCCCUCCCUUUCUUUCUCCCCUCAGUCCUCUCUUGCCCUCCAAUCGACACUCUGUAUCAUAUUUAAUUAUAUAUACCUUAGUAUUACCACCAAAUCAGGGCCAAUAACGCGCUUUCUUCACACCUUGACCUUCACGCCCCAUACUUCGCACUCAGGAUUAAUCGCCUCCUCUAAUCCCACAACUCCUCAUCCCCUUCCCCCUUCCUUCGCCUUGUCAAGCCAACCUCACCGUGUCUAAUCCACUCUGAUGUCUCCGGCCGACAUCGCAGGAUCAGCCGUGGUUGACACGUCUACCGCCAACUCGCCUGCGAACGUCAUGACCCCAAUUCCACAGACUGCACCUGAUAGCCAUUCAGAGGCUGUGCCAACCACAAGCGCAACAAACGCAAACGCAAACGCUACAGCAACCACAGGCACAACUGCCGUCAUCGCUGCUCCCGCUUCCGCUGCUGCAGCUGCUGACGGCACUCCAGAGCCUUCCACACAGGCAAUUGAUGCAUCGGCUUCACCUCCAAAAGGACAAGGAACACCAGCAGGCGCGAAUAGUAGGACCCCUGCGCCUCCAGGAGAAAAGACGUCCUCUACAACGGACAAACCUGUACCCACGGAUCUCGAAUCUGCGCACAGAGAGAAGGGCCCCGACACUGAGGCUGCAGUAGAUAAUUCAGCAGCACUGGUCGAUGACACUGUCGAGAUCGCUUCUGAUAUUCAAGAGCGCUCGCAGCUCAGCGACAUCGACCGGGAUUCUUUGGCGGACCAGGACGAAUCCGACUUUGCGCACGACACUGCCACCGAAGCUCUUCGUCCUGGCGAGGCUCAGGGUGCUGCUCCAACUAUCAGCACCGCCUUUCCUGCUACAGUCAGUCCAGGAAAAGUCAACAAGAACGAUGAAACAAACAACAGAGACAUUGAGGAUAUCACUGCGGCUAAUUCCACCAACCCAUUGGCCACGGAGGCACCUGUUUCGACAUCAAUUGCUCGUAACAGCACCAGUGCUAUAGGAGCAAAAUCUGCAAAUGACAAACCGGCUAGUGAGCUGCCUGUAUCCGAGAAGGAAACUCCGGACGAGGAUUCAGCGUCAGCACCAGCAGCAUCAUAUACAUCACCGAACCACGAGUGGGCCAGGAUCCUUCAGAAGCGACUCGGGAAAGGACUCAACGAUGCACAAUUGCUGGCUCGGUCCAAUAGUAUGCUCGCAUCUCCUAGUAUUUUGGCGCAGUCGCUGAUACAGGUGAUCCCCAGUCUCCAGGUCAAGGAAUCGUCAGCAGUAUCGCCAGGAGCUACGGGGAGAGAGUACCAGACCGCAGAGGAACUAUUCGAUCGACCAGCAACCAUUGAACCAUCAGGACCGGCCUUUCAUUACGAUAGCCAUUUUUCGAGGGACGAGGUGUUCCCAUCAAGCGCCCUUGCUAACAACUCGCAGGCACCGCUCCUGCUCUUUGCGCCUCUGAACCCUGAACAGCUCCUGGGAAAGUCCUCGAACUCAUCAAAGUCAAAAGCACCUCCUCCACUUGCGGAUAAUCCGUCGCCUGCAAAGCAGCCUCAACCUCAGCCUCAACCGCAGCCCGACCAUCAGUCAGCACUAGCUCCGCUAACAUCGCAGCAACAGCAACAGUCUACCCCGCUAUCAGGGGUUAUUGCACCGCCACCACCGCCAUCUAUACCCAUCCCAGUACCUCCGAUCGCCGGUGCGUCAUCACCAGCUUCAAAAAUACGUGUCGUAUCCCCAACACCAAUAGAAUCGCGGAAUUCACCAUUAAUCUCGCGGGAUCAAGGGAUUGGACUCAGGAACGUUCGGCAGAGUUUCGUGCUGCAUCCGACAGGGCAGGAGGAAAGACCAGGAUUAAUUUCGCAUGGAACUUCCGCCUCCAGGACACUUCUCGGCCAAGGAUCGUCUUCUUCAUUGACAACCACCCCUGCAGCUUCGGCUCCCAACGCCACCGGCACUUCUAAUUACCCAAUUGCACCCAUUCAAUAUACCCCGGUCACUCAGUAUAAAGCAAACCCUUCAAAGGAGAGCUCCAAGAUGAAUAGAAAAACGCGCGACACAAUCACUGCCGCCAAGGACGCAACUGUUUUGGUCGAAUCACCCAAAGACCUUAAGGCGGUAGCAGAGAACAAGGAACCUGUCGUAGCUACAGCAAUUGAACCGGCGCAAGUAAUAACACCGUCAUCGGUGGUACCGGUAUCAGCAGCAUCGGCGCCAGCAACAGCGACAGCAGCACCGACAUCAACUGGAGCUGAGAUUACAUCCGCAGAGCUGAUCACGGAUCUAAAGUCAACCUCGGAUCCAGCUGUUGAUGCCACUGCGCAAUGGGCGCUGGAUGCAUUGUCAGGAUUUUCAGAUGUCAACUUUGAUGCUACUCUGCCUGUUAGUGUGGCUGUGGCGACAACUCUGGCCACGACUUCUUAUUCAAAAGAUCUACCAUCAAAACUCCCAAUGAUGCUUCCACUAAGCAGUGCUGGAUCAAAAAGCAACCAGUCAGCUACGGAAUCCUCCCCUGCCAAGAUCAUUCAGUCGCCUUUCGAGUCAGCACAAACUGCGAGCGAGGAGAUGCGACAGAGGCAGCAGACUGCGACUCCGGAGUUGAGAUCCCAGCCUCUUCAGGCCUCAACAUCUGUGGAUCCUUAUCACAAUUUGGUCGCUACUAUAUCCCCAUCAACUUCCACAGCCUUCGCACCUUCUUCAUAUCCCGGCACGCAUCCACUUGCGGCUCAUUCGAGCUAUGUUCCAUUUGAUCAGAGUACUAAUAACAAGGGUUAUCACCACGGUGGUCAUGGGGCGCACCAGGCGAACAGGAGUAUUUCUAGCUUGCGAGAUCUUCAUAUACACAAUACACCCGUGUCUGUGGAGAGGCCAAGCCAUGAUCUCGGACACUUGCGACGUGGAGAACUUAUGGCGAGCGUAGAUUCUACACAUGUAUCUACAACACACUCUACAUCAUCACUAGCACCACCCGCUUUAAGUUUGGGGUCAGGAUAUCAAAUACCAUGGCUUCCUCAGAGCCGACCUGUCCUUCCACCGAAAGCUGACAUCAACUCGAUCGAUGUUCCUGCUCUGACCGGAAAUCAGCUGCUCCCAUCAGAGCCACGCCGUCUGAACCUCGAUUCAACCGACCCAUGCCUGCAAUUCAAACAUAUUGGAGAAGCUCUCCGACACUGGGGCCAGCAUACACCUGAAGGAAAUUCGUUCGCGAACCUGGAUGGUAAAGGCGUCGAAUGCGGCUCAUGGGAUUGGUCUUUUACUCUUGGACGGGCAGAAAUGAUUGCCAAGGCGAUCCAUGACAAGACUCAACUUCGGGCUGGCGCAAGGGUUGCUCUCGUCUUUCGUCUAUCAGAGAUUCUGGAGUUCAUCGCCGCGUUCUACGGAGCUAUUUUGGCGGGCGUUGUACCAGUGCUUGUCAACCAGAUCCAGGACUUUUCAGAGAUGGUCUACAUUAUGACCUCGGCUAAAGUGGAGCUCGCGCUGACAACGCAAUUCAACCACAAAUCUCUUCAGAAGGAUCUGAAGAAAGGCGCUGUGUGGCCCUCGGGCGUGGUAUGGUGGCAAACGGAUAUUCUGGAAACCUGGGCGCCAAAGAGCAGUCAACAGGAGCGAUUGCCUCUCGCGAAUAACGAGCUGGCUUAUAUCGAGUACACCAAAUCAGCUUUGGGCGAACUGAAGGGCGUUGCUGUCAGCCACAAGAACCUGAUUAUGCAAUGUCAGGCCCUCUUUGCGAGUAUGUUAUGGAGACCAGCACUCUAUCGGGAUAAAAACGGUAACUUGCAACCUGACCCACUUCUGGAGUCCGACACACCCGCUCCACAUCCCAAGGAAAGCAAAAAGAACUUAGCCGCCAAACGCGCUCCAGGCACGGCGAUGACAUGGCUAGAGCCCAGGCAGCAAUCAGGUUUAAUUCUAGGAUGCAUCAUGGGCGUCUUCUGUGGUAGCUUCACUGUCUUUAUGGAAAGUGCAAUCACUGCGGUCUCUGGACUAUGGGCCCACUCUGUUGCAGCCUAUAGAGCAAACGUUGCCUUUGCUGAUUACAUUGGAGUGCAAAAACUUUUGCGGAAUUUCAGGAUCAAUCCUCAGGCGACCAUAACUCCAACACGGCCGGACUUGAGGUUUCUUCGUACUGUUUAUGUGGACACCCAGACCAAUAACCCAGUCCUCAACCGGGAGUUCUUGGACGACUAUCUCUACCCACUCGGCGUGCUUCCACGUCAGGAUUUAUCCUCUAAAGGCAGUCAGGUGGUGACUAUGGAGGGAGCUCUUCCAUCCUCAGCGUCUGGAAGCAACUCCAAGAUGGUCAGGAGCGAUCUCGGAGUGAUUGCGUUCCUGAGUCUACAAGAGCAUGGUGGCAUGAUUGUGUGUCUGCGAGACCCUUUGGAUCCGCCAGCGAACACGCAAUUAGUCGAUCUCCGGAAACAUUAUCGGAAAUCGACGCUUCCUCGACCAAGGCGACCAUCAGCGGCGGUUCAGGACUCUGAUGUUUCAACUGAACAUCACCCACAACCUUCUGCGCCAGAGAAGACACCUAAGAACGACCCUAGUAGCGCUCACAGUCAGGGCGGCCUCUUGAAUCAUCCCCCAUCAUCGUUGACGUGCAGCGAGUAUUUGUUGCACAGGACUGCCCUGAGAUCGAACCGCAUUGUCAUCUUGGCCACCGGAGAUGAGGCAUACAAGCGUAGGGACGAACCAGGUGCCGUUCUCCUAGGCGCAUUUGGCUACCCUCUGGUUCAGUCAACGGUAUUUGUGGUCGAUCCUGAGACGCUAGCGCUUUCUUUACCUGAUGUUGUUGGAGAGAUCUGGGUCAGCUCGCCUGGAAUGCCCAUCGGAUUCUGGGGUCUACCUGAACAUUCACAGGAAGUCUUCAACGCCAAAUGUUACAUCAUCACGGAGGAGAAUAUGAUUCCUACAGUGUAUCGACCACCAGGAUGCGAAAAGCUGUUGCGUACGGGCCUUUUAGGCGCCAUGAUCGAGGGCCGCGUUGUUGUGUUUGGAUCCUAUUGGGACCGACUACAGCAGGAUACGGCCGAUCCUAUGAAGCCUAUCGGAGUCCAGUAUGAAUAUCAUCACAGCUCCGAACUGAAGAAGACGCUCUUCGCCAAAGUGGGCGGCAUUGGCGAAAUCUCGAUAUUCGAGUGUUUCGUCAAUAAGGAAUACUUGCCGGUUGUCUGCAUUGAGCUCUCAAGGGACAGCAGGUGGAAUGGACAAUCCACUAACACGGUGGCGCUUCAUAUCGCGACCAACGCUCGACAUAUUUUGAAGGAGGUGAACGCUCUGCGAAGUUAUUGUGUCGCUGUUUGGGAUGUGAAUACGCUGCCUAGGAUCUUCGAGAAUGGACGGAGAGUCGUUGAUCAUGCUCUCUGUAAAAAGAUGUUUGAGCUUGGUAGGAUCUACAGGAUGCUCUACUUUGGCACAUUUACAGAAGACGUCAUGUUUAACAUCCCACGAGGCGAUGAUAUCGUGAAUGGUUUCUGGAGUCGGGAAUGUGUUGCCAAGAGACAGCGUCGACAAGGAACUUCUCUUCGAUAUGUCCAGUAUACCUCCAGCAUCGUGAACCCUGACGCCUACGAUGAAAAGACGAACGUAUUCAUGGGAAAGUUCCAUAACAUCACGGACGUAUUGAUCUGGAGAUCGAUCAUUCAGCCAGACGACGCAGCAUUCAUUGAGCUGGAUUCCCGAGUCAAGGAGCAAAGGUUGAUUCCCUUCAAAAAGUUUAACCAGAAAGUGACUGGAUACGCCAUGCACUUGGAAAAGAAGCACGGUUUGAAGGCAGGAGACCAUGUCCUUCUGUGGUUCACCCAGGAUCUGGACUACAUCAUCACUCUUCACGCCUGUUGGGUUCUGGGACUGGUUCCCAUCCCUCUACCUCUGCCAGACAGUGCUCAGACGAACCAUUCGCAACCCAGUCAUUUCAUUGGUAGCCAUGGGGGGUCUGGAUCUAUGAUUGGACACCUUGGUGCUGCCGUCAACGCCUCGUCCGCUGCAGGAGCCAACACACCAAAUGGUGCCAACUCGACUAACCUGGCUCUUUCUUCCAAAGCGGUUGAGGAUAAGAGGAAUGGGAUUCUGAGGGCUCUGUUGCGUAUCAUGGAUGAGGUCAAGGUCAAGGCUAUCUUGGGCAACAACACUACGGACGAAUACUUGAAGCAAAAGACGACGGGCGCAUAUUUACGGACAUGCAGGUCGGCGUUCACAGCAACGUAUUCACAGACGCCGGAAAUGUUUGCAUCAGCAGAUAUUGUUCUUCCGACGUUCUGCAAUGUGAGCAAGGCAGCUAAGACAAAGCAGAUGCUGGGAGCGCUCUCGGGAUAUGCACCAAGGAAGGAAUGGUUUGCAGCAAACUAUCCAGCCGUCUAUCUGAUCGACACUGAAUCCAAGGCUGAAUCAAUCACCUCUAAGAAACUGCUCAAGUUGAACCAUGAGACGCUGAACAAUCUUUGCCGGAACCAGAAGCUGCAGUUCAAGACUUUGACUGGACAGCCUGUCGUGACAAGCAUGAGCAUCUUCCAUGGUCUCGGCUUCAUCCACGGAUGUCUCUGCGGGAUCUACAAUGGUGGGCCGACGGUCAUUAUCCAGCCUACCGAUUUCCUUGCCAACCCAAUUGUUCUGCUGGAGGCUGUAUCUCGCUACAAAGCCCAAGACGUGGCGUUGACAUAUCCUAUGCUGGAUCAAUUGCUUUCACGGCUGGAUGGAACUCAUGGAGCUUCAUCGGCGCCAGGGUCUGUCAAUCUGGAAUCUAUCGUAAACUUUAUGCUCUGUGGACAUGGCCGGGUACAGCGGGAGAAGACGAUGACGGCCAUCGGACGCCUUGGUCCCCUCAAGCUUGCACCUGAAGCAAUCAACUUAAUAUAUAGUCACCCACUGAAUCCCAUGGUGACUUCACAGAUGGAAAGAGACGCUGGAUCGAUCCGCAUCCAUGUCUCAUCCAAGAACCUACGUUAUGGUAUCAUUACUCCUACCUCGGAAGGCGAUGAUCCGACGGGCAUUUGGUUAGAAGACGUUGGCGUUACCACGAUAUGCACAUCGAUCGCGAUCGUGCAUCCAGAAACACACGAGGUCUGUGCAGCGAACCAGAUUGGUGAGAUCUGGAUCUGCUCUGAUGCGAGCAUCAACUCGUUCCACGUUCCUACAGGAUUCACCAGUAAUCCGACGCAUCCGCAGCCGUUCAACGCAUGCAUCACAGGAUACGACAGCAGGGUCAAAUAUGUGAGAACAGGCGAUUUGGGCUUCUUGUGGAACGGGCAGCAGCAACAGCUGCUAAUGCGACAGCAUUCGUUGUCGCAGCAGGGUCAAUGGCCUGGUGCCCAGACCAACAUGGGAUCCGGAUCAUUCCAGCUUUUCGUUCUGGGAAGGCUGGAAGAUUCCUUCCAGUUUCAAGGGUUGUUACACUUUGCAGUGGAUAUCGAAGCAACUGUCGAGAGCUCUCAUGCCAAUGUUGCAGCUCAGGGAUGUGUCGCUUUCAAGACAGCUCAGGGACAAGUAGUGUGUGUAGUCAAAGUACAGAACCAGGAGCCCGAGCUUCUGGUCUCAAUGUACAUCCCAAUAAUGCACGCGAUCCUUGAGCAGCAUCAAUUCUUGCCCGACUCCAUUAUCCUUGUUGGCGACAAUGUCUCGACAGCCAAACGGAUCACAGAUGGACUCAAGCCAAGAGAAACGAUCAGCAGCCUUCACAAUUCUGACCGCCUACCCAUUCUUCAUCGCCAUCAUUGUCACGGACAAACCCUGGCGCCUGUCCCGAGCUCGAUGCUACCUCCGAUCAUUGACAGGCCUCUAUCAGAGCUUCCGAUAGGCACCUCGUCCGCAUUCGUUCGCUCCAGCUAUUCAUACCCGCAGCAUCAACAGCCGUCAGCAGCGUCAGCAGCAAAUGCUUCUUCCAGUCGAUUUCAAACUGGCGUCAGUUCUGCGUCCAUGAAUGCUGCAGGUCGUGGUCCCCCACAUGUGCAUCUUCCAGCCUUCAACAAUGGAUCUCCAGUGGAAGCAGGCAGUGCUAAUCAUGGGACCAGCCGCAACAGUAUUUACGGAUCACCCUUACUGAGUGCCAGCAUUCCGUUGCCGCCUGGAGCCCAUAACCCACUCCAGCAAUCGCCUGCUACUAAUAACAUUUCGCUUAAUGGUCCCACAACAUAUCAGCCGCAUACACACUACCAUCCAGGAGGAGGGUACCUUAGCUCCUCACCGGCCGCAGUAUUACCAGGGUCGGCGGUGGUGAAUCCUCCGGUGCUUCAGCAGCAGCAACCACCGAUCUCGACCUCCAGCCUGGGAUCGAACCAUUCCGCAAGCAAUACUAAUAAUGCCAAUGGUCCUGGUUCUGGGACAGUUGGGGGAUUCAUAGCCCGGAUCCAUCCUCGGCCGGUAUCCCAGCAGGGAUUCGCGUCGAAUUUAUCGCCGAUGAGCGGUGGAGGCGGUGGUACAGGUGUGGGUACGAACGGCGGCAGUGGCGCACUUGGAGGAUCGGGAUUGACCAACAACAACAAUAAGAACAAUAGUAGCAGCAGCCUACAUAUUUCGACACUAAAUCUUCUGAGCGAGAUGGCGAUGUACACGGGCGGGAGCGCCAGUCCCGUCAACGAGCGACCCUCGAGAACUGCACAGAACCGAAACACGCAGCAACCGCCGCUACUGCAGCAACAUAGUCAACCCCAGCUGCUUCACCAUAGCCAGGGUCAGUCCAGGGCUUCUCAUUCGCGACAGGCACAGAGCCAGGAUGCGAUAUCGCUGUCGUCUGAGGAGUUGAAAGUAGGGCCGCCGGACUCGAAGCAGGGUGGCGGGGUAAAGGGUAUUAUGAAGGGCAUGAACGCAAAGUGGUCGGAAAUCCGCAAAGCGGGAAUGACAUAAUCCUGGUCUCUUAUUGGAUGCACACACACCCUGUGCGCUGAAACUGUUUCUCUCUCUUGUUGCCUUUUGUUGUUUUUCAAUCUCAUCCCCGUUUAUCCUUCUUGUAGAAUCCCCCCCGCUCCGCCCUUGUAACAUGACUGUGCAUCCUGUCCCUCUAGAUCCAAAUAAAAAAAUAUGGAUGCAAAACC